UCCUUCCAGGUAAUUCUGUUCCAGAAAAUGCGCGGCUGGCAACUGCAGCUGCUGUCCCUGUAGUUGGCUCUCUCUACCGGGCCUCCUUCCACUCAGUAUACCUCACCCACCGACUGCUAGAGAGAAUCCGCAUGCGGAGCCUCAUCGCGCGCACCGUGGUGAAUUUAGACUUGAUUUUCUGUCGCAGAAGAGUGGUAUCUAGCAGAAGAGUGGUAUCUACGCUUGCCAAAUUCUUGAAUAUGGAGGUCCUUGUGAAAUAUAAAUGUUAUAAUUUUUUUGUUUUAUGUCUUAAAUAUCAGUGAUGGAUCCAGUCUUUGAAACCGCAUGAAAAUGCAAGUUUUUCAGUUUAUUUUCAUUCGUUCAAGCUGAGCAAAUGCGUCGUGUCUGAGGCAGAAUCUACGGUCUCCUCCAAAUCAGCCCAGGAUUUGCGUAUGAGAAACGCAAACCACAGCGUUCCUAUUUAUCAAACAUUGCAUUUGGCUUGCCUUUAUCCCCCCGUUUCGGAUUGAUCGGAUGCACCUGCGUUGGAUGCGACUGUGGAGAACUGCAUAGCUUUCAGCAUGAUUUGAUGUAAAGGGUUUUUCAACAGGGUAACUGGACGUCUACCUUUCUGAAAACAGCUACAUUCAAGUCAAGUGCGAAAGCCAUCGAUAGAUCAUCCCUAUAUGGACUAAAUCUUGGUUCCUCGGGAUUUUAAAACUAGCAGGUCACACUCAUCUUGGUUUUGGCGCUUCUUGGGGAAAUUGCCUUAAACUGCGGGAGCCAUGAAAGUUGUUUCAGCAGUGUUGUUCCUUGCCAUAUUUUGGAGUCAGGAGUGGGAGCCCGUGAAUUCUGAUUCGAUCAUACACAUCGGGGCCAUCUUUGAUGAGUCUGCCAGGAAGGAUGACGAGGUGUUCCGCAUGGCUGUGGCGGACCUCAACCUCAACAACGAGAUCCUGGAGACGGAGAAGAUCACCAUCUCCGUGGAGUUUGUGGACGGGAACAACCCUUUCCAGGCGGUCCAGGAAGGUAAGGCCUUGCCCUGCCCUCGACCUCACCCUGCAGUCACUACAACCACCACCAGCAGUCCAUCUCACACUCAGCGAGGCCAGAGGAGUGGCUGACAAAGUCCAUUAUUUUCCCCCGACGACUCUGCAUGGUUUUUGUGUGGAUAUGCUUCAGCCUUUCAGAAUGUCAGAUGGAACCCACAUGAAUCUGAAAAUCCCUCAAUUUUCAGACCGAACCUUGAUCAAUGACACACUGAACUGAAUAGCACUAUAUUAGGUUUUGAAGGUGUUCCCCAGAAAAUGAAGAAAAGGUUUGGGUUUUGGACAUCUCUUUUACUGUUACAGUAGUUGCACCAUUCUGAAAAUGGUGUCUGUUGGAUUUCGCUGUACUUUACCCGUGAUACUCUCGGUCACUGUUGAUAUGCACUCUAGGAUUGGGAAGAUUAUAAUUUUUUAUUAAAAGGCUCGUCAUUUUGGUUGAUAUUCUUCCAAUAUUUCUGAAAUACGUUUCAAUACGGCCAUUACUUGAAAUGCUGCUAACAAUUAAUUAAGCUGGUAACGUCGAUGGCAUUUGUCUCGGGAGAUAUCUGAUUAAAAUGCAGAGACAUGUGGCACAAAAUAUAAAUGAACUCCUCUAGCAUGAUUCCAUGAUUUAAUUAACUGAUAAAUGAUAACAAAAAAAUACAAUUCAGACCAAAACCUGUGUUCGACUGAACAGACCUCAUCUAAAAGAGUCACAUUUCCCUGGGUUUUAAAUAGGUCCCUUCGGUUCCUUCUGACAUCAAAUAACCCUUACUAUAACAAGCUCCUAGCAUCAUGUCAUAUUGUCGCCGGUAGCUACUCGGCCCUUAUAGACCCCUAGCCUGGGAAGUCUGAACACAAGGAGAAGUCUGGUUGGAACCUGUUUAGCUAAUGGACACUGGUUAUUUGUGGAUGGCGGCAGGUGUACAGUCUAGUGCAGUCUAAGAGCCUAAUAGUUAUUACCACUGGUGCUUUUGUUAAGCCUCUCUGGAGCAUCUGUACCUGAGAUGCUCUCUUGUCUUUGAAGUCUCAUUGUGAGUAGUGCUAUUACUGAAUACAUUACAUGUGUUCUGGCUGAAUGAUGAUGGUGGGUCUGCUGGAAGCAUCUUUUGUUACUUGUAUCGAAACACCUUUUUAUCUGUAUCUCUGCGAACAACGACAAUAAAAUCCAAUUUGCUUUUGUUAAU